AUUCUUCAGCCUUUUUCAGAUCGAAAAUGGCGCAAAUCGUCCGGCAGAGUAAAUUCCGGCACGUGUUCUGUAAGCCCGUCAAGCAUGAGAGCUGCAUGUCUGACAUUAGGGUCACAGAAAUCACUUGGGAUUCAUUAUUCUGCGAUGUCAAUCCGAAAUUCAUCGCCUUCAUCAACAGAGGGGCUGGUGGACCAUUUAUGGUCAUUCCAGUGAAUAAGAUCGGUCGCGUCGACAAGGACUAUCCAUUCGUGGAUGCUCACAAGGCUCCGUGCCUCGAAGUCGCAUGGAGCCCGUUCAACGACAAUGUUAUUGCAUCGUGCUCCGAAGACACCACAUGUAAAGUGUGGGUGAUUCCGGAUCGUGGGCUCAACAGAAAUCUCUCAGAACCAGCUGUCGAGUUGACUGGUCAUCAGAAGAGAGUUAACACCAUUGCGUGGCAUCCGGUCGCUAAUAAUGUUCUUCUUACUGCUGGCGGAGAAAACGUAAUGUUUAUGUGGAACGUUGGAACCGGAGAGGCACUCCUCGAAAUCUCCGGGCACCCCGAUCAAAUCUGGAGCAUCAACUUCAACUUUGACGGUAGUCAAUUUGUGACUACCUGCAAGGACAAGAAGAUCCGUAUUCUUGACUCACACACCGGAGAGGUUGUUCACGAGGGAAUGGGUCAUGAGGGUGUCAAGCCGCAGCGAGCCAUUUUUGUGAAAGAUGGGCUCAUUUUGAGCACGGGCUUCACCAAAAGAUCCGAAAGAUUGUAUGCUCUCCGAGCCCCGGAAGAUCUGUCAACCCCAAUUGUCGAAGAGGAGCUGGAUACCUCGAAUGGAGUCGUCUUCCCGUUUUACGAUGAAGAUUCCGGUUUGGUGUACCUUGUUGGAAAGGGAGAUUGUGCUAUUCGGUACUAUGAGGUUAACAACGAUGCUCCGUACGUACAUUAUAUUAAUACUUACACUACAAAUGAGCCGCAAAGAGCUGUUGGAUUCCAGUCGAAGAGAGGAAUGUCGUCGGAGGAGAAUGAAAUUAAUCGGAUUUAUAAGUUGACUACGAAGGGAGUUGUGGAUAUUUUGCAGUUCUUUGUACCGCGCAAAUCGGAUCUUUUCCAGCACGAUCUCUAUCCGGAUACCAGAUCCACCAUCCCAGCCCUUACCGCAGAAGAGUUCAUGGAAGGUAAAAAUGCUGCACCAAACCGUCAGCCAGUAAAUGCAGCCGCUGCUGCAGCUGCCGCCAAACCAAAGGUCCAGGUAGCCAAGAAAGCCAAUAUUUUGAGCACUUUGGCUCCGACUGCCGCCGAAUCAGUACCCACCCAAUCCUACUCUGAACGUCCACCGUCAUCUCAACAACCAUCACCACGUCCAUCUGCAUCCCCGAGACCUCGUCCAGUUGUUGACGAUGAUAUGGGAAUUGUUACAAUGAGAGAAGCACCGCCAAGUCGUCCAGCUUCAUCAAGAGCUUCUCGAACUGAAAUUCCCCCAAAGGAGGAGAGCAAGGUUGAUCCAAUGAAGCCGAAACAGGCGGUUCAACUGAAAUCCCGUGCCGCCCGUGAUGAGCCCGGAGGCGGUGCUCAAACUGCCGGUCAGAGAAGAGCCGCCGCCGAGUUGGAAAGGAUCAAGAGAGAUCAGUCAAGAACCGCCGAUGAGGACAACACUCUAGCUCCACCUCCAUCUUCUUCCCGAGCUUCUGCAUCGCCACGUGGCAGUGUAUCAGCUGCGUCUGACGUAGGGCACGUGCCUCAGAACAUGGAUGAGCUUUUGGAAGAUCUGAUGAAAAUGAAAGCUGUGCUUCGGCAACACGAACGUCGCAUUCGGAUGCUCGAAGAGGAGAUUGCUGAUCGUAAUAUGAGCAAUGCUUAUUCUUUUUGAACAUGUUUAAUUUUUUGAAAGAAAACUUUUUUUUCGAAAAAAAAAAUUUCAAAAAAAAUAUCGAUAAUUUUUUAUUUGUUUGUUUGUAAAAAGUGUGUUGUAUUGUAUUGCAACCUAAUAAAUGGUAACUUUUUC